CUGCAAUGAUCGCUAAUAAAUAAUACAAAAAGUAAACAGCGCAUAAUUGACCAAGGAUUUAUAAAUUCAAGAUGAAGGACUAACUAUUUAAUAAAGGUUACAAGUACAUCCUCUUGAUGUCAAUAUCAUGUCGCCUGUACCGUUUGCCUUGGAAUUCAUAUGUGUAUUUUUUGUUACGUUAAUAAUACUUCAUCAAUAUGGAGAUUUACGAAAACAGCAUGUUUUAGUAACACUUGCGGUAUUUAUUUCGUGGUUUUUCUCGUUUCUUAUUGUAUUUAUACUUCCACUUGACGUUUCAAACAGUUGCUACUUAGAGUGCUUAAAGCGUUCGAAUUCAACCAAUAUGCUUAAAAAUAUUUAUCCACUAACUAGAACUGAUUUUGAAAAGCAAAGGGAUGAGAAGCCUAUUUGUUUUGUUCCUUGGUCCUAUGUAUCUGGUGAUCUGUUACCUUAUUUAUGGCGUGUUAUUUAUUGGUCUUCGCAAUUAUUAUCAUGGAUUAUUUUACCUAUGAUGCAAUCUUAUGUUUAUGCUGGUUCGUUUACUGUUUGGGGUAAAAUAAAAACAGCUCUAUAUGAAAAUGCUAUUUGGUAUGGGAGUUACUUAGUUAUAUUUGGUGCAUUAUUAAUUUACGUUGCACUAAAACCAGAGUUAGCAAUUAAUUCAGAUAGUUUAAAGUUAAUUGGAAUAACUGCAUCAAAUACAUGGGGUUUAUUGCUUUUAGUAUUGUUACUUGGUUAUGGAUUAGUUGAACUGCCAAGAACUUCAUGGAAUAUGUCACAAUCUGAUCUAAGACUUGAACAUACUUACUUCAAAGUCUCUAAGUUAAGCACUUCCAAAGAAGAUGCAGAUGAAGAACUAGCAGAUACUCUUAACCAAGUAAAAAAAGCAUCAGAAGAAAUAAAAUAUAAUAGCAAUUUAAGAAAACAUUUAGAUGUAAUCAUUAAAAAAUGUCCUGAAAGUAGUGUUGCGCUUUUUUGUAAGGGUAAUGAUGAUUUUUUAGACUACAAAGCAGGUAAUCUUGAGUUUAAUGAAAAAGCUCUUGUAAACUUACAUAAAAAAGUAAUGGUGAUUACCCAGCGUGCUCAUCGAACACAUGUUCAGUGGAAUGCUUUACUUAAGUUAGCAUUUUACUUAGAAGAUGUUGAGAGAAAUAAAUCUAAUACUGAUAAAAAGUUUAAAUUAUCAUUCUCUGAAUAUACUCAGAAAAGUAUUCUUGCUAUGCGCUUAUUAUGGUUUUGGGAGAUAAUCAUAAAACCUUGGAUGUUUCGUGUACUCUCGUUGCUUUUAUUGACAUUAAGUAUUUGUUUGGUUUGGUCAGAGUCAACAUUUUUUAUGACUGAGCCUGUUUUAUCUAUAUUUACGCAUCUUAUUAAUAUAACAAAACACAAUUAUUUAUAUUUUCAAAUUGAAGUUGUAUCCUGUGUGACCAUAGCUUAUAUGUGCAUUUGCACAUAUUAUACUGUUUUUAAAAUUAAAAUAUUUAAUUUUUACUAUUUUGAGCCUCAUCAUGAAACAGAUGCCAACAGUUUGCUUUUUAGUGGGCUGCUGUUUUGUCGCCUCACUUAUGCUAUAUGUUUAAAUUUCCUUGCUAUGAUACACAUGGAUGGACAUGUUACUGGAAGAAGUGGAACUAAAAUUAGUGAGACAUAUUUUACACAGUUUAUGGGUCAUAUGGAUUUGCUUUCUUUCAUUGCAAAAGGUUUUAAUUUGUAUUAUCCAAUAAUAGUUUUGCUUGUUUGUGUAUGUACUUUUUUUAGUAUUGGUAAUCGGUUAUUACAUUGUCUUGGAAUUCAGCAAUUUUUAAGUGACGACGACUUUUCAGCAGAUUUUGUUCGUGAGGGUAAAGAGAUAGUCAGGCGUGAAAAAAGAAAAAUUGAAAGACAAAUAAAUGGCAAAAAUUGGUCAGCAAGAUCUAAAGCUGUAUCUGAUCGCUAUGUUGGUGAAAAAAGUCUGGAACAUACUGAAAAUAAUUCAGAUGACUCUAUAUUAGAAACAUCAAAUUUAAGUUCAAAAACAAGACUUAACGUUAACAAACCAAUGCUGUAUUCAAAAUUAAAUCAUAGUGAGGACAAAGUUAAUUUAAUUUCUGAUAUUGAGUAUGCACCUCCAGAAACAAAUGACAGGGUUGUAAAAGGUUAUCAAAAUAUAAAGGGAGUUUCCCUUUCCAAUGUUCACUCAAGUGUUUUGAGUCGUUCAAGUGUACCAAGAAAUAUAUUUGAUGAUGCAUAAUUAAAUAUAAA